AUGGCUUCUCGCGCCAAGUUGGCAGAGCUGCGAGCCCUGCGAGCCGCAGGAAAGAAACGCUUGGAAACUUACGAAGUGGAGGACCAAGGCGAUAUCUACGAAGAGGUUGAUGAUGAAGGAUACAAGAAGGUCAUUCGGGAUCGCCUUGAUGAGGAUGAUUUCGUCGUGGAUGACAACGGUGAAGGUUAUGCGGAUGACGGUCGAGAAGUCUGGAACGAACAGACGGAAAAUUACGACAGUGAGAGCGAAGACGAAUUACCCGCACGAGGAAAGGCCGCCAAAAGAAAGCGUGAGGAGGAACAGCAAAGGAAAGAGAAGAUCAACAAUGGAAUCUCGAAAUAUUUCAACAAGGGCGCUGCUGCUGCUCCCAAGCCCAAGCCUGUCGCUACUGCUGAGGAUGAAGCUUUCAUGGCGGAUCUUCUAGGGGAUCUUGAUAACAAUGCUGUCUCGAACCAUGUUCCAGCACAAAACAUAGUCAAGUCAGAAACUCGCCGAAAAGUCCGGAUCCUUUCGCCUCCAUUAUCGCACAGACCGCGCGUACAGAAAGUCGAAAAGGACGAAAAUGACCGCCCAGAACCCACAAUUAGUCAGGAACAGGGCUUUGAUUUGGACGAUGAUGACGGUCCGCUCCCACAGGCAGAUGAUGAUGACUUUCCGAUGAGUGACCCAAUGCCAUCGUCACCCAUCAGCAAAGCAGUAGAGCGGAAGGCAUCUGCUCCUGUUAAGGCGGAGGAAUCUGAUGACGAUGACAAUGACUUGAUGGAAAUUGCGGAAGCCACUGGCAAUGACGAGAGCAAAACGACAAGCGUCAACAUGACCGGUAGCCGGCCGCCUCCCAAAAUCAAAAAGGAGAGUCACCCUGUCCCAUUCGCAUCCUCGCCUGCGAAGCCAGGGCCGGAAGUGAAUGCUUCUUGGAACAACGUGCGAAACAAACUGAACGUUAUGAGCAGCCCGGCCCAAGAGACACGGACUUUUGGCAAGCUACGGCCCCAGGAUGCCGUCGAAGAGGAUGGAAGUCUGCGCUUCUUCUGGCUAGAUUUUACUGAAAUCAAUGGCAGUCUGUGUCUGUUUGGUAAAGUGAGAAAUAAGCAAAAUGGCUCUUACGUGAGUGCCUUCGUCAAGAUUGACAACAUCUUGCGCAAACUUUACUUCCUUCCUAGAGAGUUCAGACACAAACAUGGAAGGGACACGGAUGAAGAGGUGGAUAUGGAAGAUGUCUAUCGUGAAGUGGACGAUAUGAUGUCGAGGCUUAAGGUUGGCAUGCAUAAGAUCAAGCCAUGCACGCGAAAGUAUGCCUUCGAAUUGCCCGAUAUUCCCAAGGAAGGAGAUUACCUGAAGCUGCUUUAUCCUUACGACAAACCCGCAUUACCCAUGGAUGUUAAGGGCGAAACUUUCUCCCGCGUAUUCGGUACCAACACAGCAUUGUUCGAGCAGUUUGUCCUGUGGAAGAAUAUAAUGGGCCCUUGCUGGCUUAAGAUUGAAGAGGCAGACUUCUCUGCCGUGAACAACGCAUCUUACUGCAAGUUUGAGUGUCAGGCCGCUAAACCAGCACUCAUCAGUCCUGUGCCUGACUCUGAGAAUCUGGAGACGCCACCCCUUACUCUUAUGAGUCUUUCUUUUAGAACGCAAAUGAAUGUGAAAGAGAACAAGCAAGAAAUCUUGCUAGCAAGUGCCAGAGUUUACGAGAAUGUCUCCCUUACGGACACAACGCCUCCUGAGAAACUGCCCUGCAAGACAUUCACUGUCAUGCGGCCUGCUGGCUCAGCAUACCCAUUGGGUUUCGAAGCUGAAAUACGAAAGCAAAGGGGGACCUUCCUUUUGGAGAAAAGUGAACAAUUUCUGCUUAGUAAAUUUCUGGCGCUGUUCGAAAGGAUGGACCCAGAUGUUCUUAUGGGACACCAAUUACAGGAAGUUGACCUCAGCAUUCUAUUGAGCAGAUUGAAGGAGAAGAGGACCCCGGGCUGGCAUCGUCUUGGAAGAUUAAGGCGUGGAGAAUGGCCCAAGAACUUCAACAAGGGUGGAGGUUUCUUUGCUGAGAGGCAUCUGAUUUCUGGAAGACUUAUGUGUGACGUGGCCAACGAUAUGGGCAAGUCUCUUAUGAUGAAAUGUCAACAGUGGAGUCUUACGGAGAUGUGUGAGCUCUACCUCGGACAAGACAAUACGCGCCAAGAGCUGGACACUGAAGCAGCAUUGAAAACUUGGGCAACAUCGAAAGAGGGUCUCAUGAACUUCGUAAACCAUUGCGAUACGGAUACCUACUUCAUCGCUGCGUUGGUGCUACAGCUCCAGAUGUUGCCUUUGACCAAAGUCCUGACAAACAUUGCCGGUAACUCAUGGGCUCGAACUCUUAGUGGAACCCGCGCUGAACGUAACGAAUACAUUCUUCUACACGAAUUCCAUCGGAACAAAUAUAUCUGCCCUGACAAAUACUCUUCGAAGCUGCUGAAAGCAGAAGAGAAGAUUCAGGAGGGCGAUGAAGAUGAAUCCGUUGACAAGAAAAAGAAGGAUAAAUACAAGGGAGGUCUCGUUUUCGAGCCCGAAAAGGGCCUCUACGACAAAUUCAUUCUGGUUAUGGACUUCAACAGUUUGUAUCCCAGUAUCAUCCAGGAGUACAACAUCUGUUUUACGACAGUGGAACGAAAUGCCACGGCUGAGAACGAGAAUGAAGAAAAAGUACCCAAAGUUCCUUCUUCGGAUGAAGACCAGGGAAUUUUGCCUCGACUUAUUUCAACCCUUGUUGGCCGUCGACGUGAGGUGAAAAAGCUGAUGAAAGACAAGCGUGCUACGCCUGAGCAGCUUGCUUUAUGGGACACGAAACAAUUGGCGUUUAAGCUGACCGCCAACUCCAUGUACGGAUGUCUGGGAUAUACCCAGAGUCGCUUCUACGCCCGUCCCCUAGCGAUGCUCACCACAUUCAAGGGUCGUGAGAUUCUGAGAAGCACCAAGGAGCUGGCUGAAAGCAACCAGCUUAGGGUUAUAUAUGGUGAUACUGACUCCGUUAUGAUCAACACGAACAUGGACACUGUCAGCGACGCACUCAAAGUCGGAGAUGAGUUCAAGAAAUCGGUCAAUGAGCGAUACCGACUCUUGGAGAUUGACAUUGAUAAUAUCUUCCGUCGGCUUUUACUGCAUGCUAAGAAGAAGUAUGCCGCUAUCAAUAUGACCGAGGUCGAUGGAAAGUAUGUGGACAAGCUGGAAGUAAAGGGUCUUGACAUGAAGAGACGUGAAUACUGUGCCUUGUCCAAGGAGGUGUCAUCCAAGCUCUUGAAUGAGGUUCUUUCGGGAGAAGAUCAGGAGCUGGUUCUUAACCGGGUGCAUGACUACCUGCGUGACCUUGGUAGUAAGAUGCGAGAGUUUACAAUCCCAGUCCAGAAAUACGUCAUUUACACGAAACUUUCCAAGAGACCAGACGAAUACCCGAAUAAAGAGUCGAUGCCCCCCGCGCAAGUCGCGCUCCGCGAACUUGCCCGUGGAAAAAACGUUCGGCCUAACGAUGUCAUUUCCUACAUUGUAACCAAUGGAGAUUCGGAAACAGCUUCUCUUCCACCGGCUAAGCGAUCUUAUACCCUUCAGGAUGUGAUGAAGUCUGAUUCGGGCCUAAAACCGGACGUCGAGUUUUACAUUCUGAAGCAGAUCUUCCCUCCUAUAGAACGUCUGUGUGCUCCUAUCCCUGGAACUGACGCAGUCCGGCUGGCCGAGUGCUUGGGUCUCGAUGCUCGCAAAUACCAGAUCAAUACAUCCAGCGCGAACAACCAGCAAAACGCAGAAAUCUUCCCAUUGGAGUCGCAGAUCCCUGACUCUGUGCGCUUUGAAAGCGCAGCAAGACUGGCACUUACCUGUCGAUUCUGCAAAGAAAAAUCAGUAUUUGAAGGAUUGGCGGGUUCUUCGCACAUGUGCACUCCUAAUGGCCUGAUUUGCUCAAACCAAACUUGUCAGAAACCAUUCUCGGUUCUCACCAUCAUUGCACAACUCGAAAGCCAGAUCCGUGCACAAACCGCCAAGUACUAUGAAGGUUGGCUCGUUUGUGAUGACACGGCUUGUGGCAAUCGAACACGACAAAUCAGCGUCUAUGGACAUCGGUGUCUUGGUCCUCGGGGCCACGCUGAAGGCUGUCUUGGCCGAAUGUCAUAUGAAUACUCAGAAAAAGAUAUGUACAACCAACUGCUGUACUUUGCUGGUCUCUGGGACGUGGACAAGGCCAAGGCUGCGGCUCAGAAGGAAGCAGGUGAAAAGAAAGACAGCGUGGCUGCACUGGCGGAAUUCAACCGAGCCCGGUUCGGAACCGUCAAGGGCGUGGUGGAUGGCUAUCUGAAGAAGUGUGGACGGCAAUGGGUCGAAAUGGACACUCUGUUUCGCUUCAUGAUGCCGUAA